GAUGUUUCAAUGUUUACAGUGAGUGUGUGUGGCUGAGUGUGUGAGGGUCACCAACACCACACCAGGCACACAGAUACACCAUGGCAUCACUCAGGUGUUCUUACCUCUUACUCAGACCCUCAUUCUUCAGAAACUCGAACAGAACUUUAUGUAGGAGUGUGACCCAAGAGGUGACGGGGGGCAGGAGGCGGCUGACAUGGCUUACCUUACACAGGUACUCCACCCAAAAUAUAGCGCCGGAGAAACCAUCAUCAGUAGGUCUAGCAGAUGAACUAUUAGCUGCCAAGAUACAAGCAGAACCCCAAGAGAGAAGAACAGAGGAGGGUGGAGAGGAGGGACAAAGUAGCGAGAAGGAGCAACAGGAGAAGGAAAAAACGUGGAGGACGCUCAAGUAUUCCUUUAUAGCCUUUGGUGUGAUGGUGACGGGGAUGAGCGGCGUCCUCAUUUGGUCUUGGGGUUCUCCAAAUAUGGACAUGGAAGGCAACCCCAUACCCGAUGAAUUUGUCAGCAUGCCUGUAAUCCAACAGUACUUGUAUCGCACCUGGCGGGGCAUGCACGACAUGAAUAAGAUGAUCCAAGAGCCAUCACGCGAGAAGCUUUUACCAGAUCCCCUAAAAGAACCGUACAUCCAGCCACCGUAUACGCUGGUCCUGGAGCUACGAGAUGUUCUUGUGCAUCCCGAGUGGACGUACGAGACUGGUUGGCGCUUCAAGAAGCGACCGGGCGUGGAGUUCCUGCUUCACCAUUGUGCUCCUCCGCUGUUUGAGAUCGUCAUUUACACCACCGAGCAAGGCUUUACGGCAUUCCCACUGAUCGAUCACCUGGACCCAAAUGGUUAUGUGUGGUAUCGAUUAUUCAAGGACACAACGCGUUAUGUUGAAGGCAAGCACGUCAAGGACCUCACCUGUCUCAACCGGGACUUAUCAAAGGUGAUAUGUGUAGACUGGGACUCGGAUGCUGUGUCGUGUCCUCGCAACCACCUCAAACUGGAACGUUGGGAUGGAAACAUGACUGAUCAGUCCCUGUUGGAGCUGGGAUUCAUGCUGCGCACAAUUGCCGAGUCUGAAGUGUCAGAUGUUCGAGAAGUCAUCGACUACUACCGCACAUUCGACAGCCCAUUGGCAGCAUUCCGUGAAAACCACCGGAAAGCCCAGGAGCAGGAGAUGGUGUUGAGUCAGAAGGCUGAAGAAGAACGCCAGAGUAAGACCUUCACCAGUUCCUGGACGUCCUCCUUCCUUCGGAGACGUUAACGCAGAAACAAGAGAGCCAACUCCGCUGAUAGAAGUGCUUGUGUGUUUUGUGAACUUGGGCAAGAUGAUGACUUCAAAUUAAAAUCAUGUCAUAGAUGGAAACUUCUUUUGUUAUGCUCAACUGGCAGGUGGAGAAGCCUUGUACUUGAUCACCCUGUCAUAAAUACGAACAACCCCAUUAAAUACAACUAUAGAUAUGUGAAUGAUCAGUUACACAGAAAACGGCUUAUUACUACAAUUACAUCAGUGUGUGGUGAGGCUACUUAUCACACACUGCUGUACUGUAUAGUGAAAGAAUUCCUUUAAGGAUACAAACAGCCAGAAUGCUUGGUGUCUUUUAGCUAAACUUGCCAAAGUGUGAUACAGCCUCAGUUACCAGUAAAGAGAGGUAGGCAGACUCUCCUGGUUGAUAUAUAACACUGACUGGUUUAGAUCUCUCAUAAUUAUGUUUAAGAAUCAUUGCAGUUGUACAGUAAAAAUUAAGUUUUCCCCAGAACUUGCCAACUACAAUACAAUACUGUACAGUAUAGGUAUUCUAAUUAAAGACUUCUGAAUACACUACAUUUAAAUGCUAUAACUGUUCCACUGUUUCAAUCAUACAACAAUUAUAUUUUACUGAACUGAAUUAUUAAGUCAGUUUUUUAUUAGGAUUACUUGUGGAUUUUAGAGGCAAGAGAGGCACAAACCACAGGAGGCCAGCAUCAAGACUGUGACCUGCUGGAAUGCUCACUCUUCUGUAUUGUUGGAUGUUUCCUAGUCUCCAGCAUGACAUUGUUUGUUGUUUGUACAUAUAAUUAUUUUUGUUACAUUUGUCCUAUAAAAUCUAAUUUUCACGGCUGAUUCAUUUGUGAAUGGUUCUAUAGGACAAACUUGUGAAUGACUGACUAUUGUUUGACGAAGAAUCAGUGAGAGUUAAUGUACCAAACGGAUGAUAGUAUGGAAGACAUCAAUGUGUGAGUGAUUAUAAUUGUGUUGAGUCAUUGUUGUGCAUAAUAAAAUCAGUCACCUGGUUGCUGUAGAUGCAGUUUACUGCAUUCUCAAGAUAAUGAACCAUCAGCUACAUUUUUAAAAAAUAACUUAAAACUGACACAGAUUGUAGCAGCAAGUGUUGGUCUCCAGGAAACAGCCAGUCAGCCAGCCAUCUCUGAGGACUAUGCAAGGGGUCGACACAAAAUGUUUCCCUUCGUGUUCCUUUGCAUCUUCCUCAGCAUUUUUUCAAUCAUUUGUAAAUAAAGAAAUAUUUAAUUUA